AUGGCCGAAGCUGCUCCGCCAACCGGUAUGGGCAAUCGCCAACUUCGAGAGUGGAUCCAGGAAUGGGGCAGUGCAUGGGAUUUCCUCGGCCUCGCCCCGGGCAGUGCUAUGAGUGAGGUCCUCCGCGCCUCCAAACGCACGGCGAUCCGCCUCCACCCGGACAAAAGUCUUUCAGAUGAGGUGGAAAUGGCUACAGUCCGCAUGCAGGCGCUGGGCAAUGCCAAGGAGAUCCUCCUCAACCCGAGCCUCAGGAUUCUCCAUGACAAUAUCCUGGUCCUGGGAGUUGGUACUGGGGGGACGGGGGACGGCCUCCGCCAAAAGCCUCGCAUGGGCUCUGCCAAGGGCAAGGACAAAGGUCGCUGGGGUACCCCCUUCUACGACACCAGCAGCGAGGAGUUUUCCAGUGGCGGUCCUGACACUGAGUCCUCUGGCCCGGAGAUCGAUAGGCGCCGCCGCCCUCCACGUUUGACAACACGAUGCGGUGGAUCUGUGGAGGCUGUGGAGAACCUAAUGGGCUUCAUCGGUAUGGCUGCAAUGGGUGCCGUCGCUCUCGACACGCUGCAGGAGAGGGCGACACACUGGAUAUGCCCCGACUGCCAGGAUGAGACGACCAUCAAAGCGAACCAGUGUUCUGGAUGUGGAUGCUGGCGGCCAAGACAUGGGUCUCUCAUCAAUAACGGCCCUGCCCCCGACGACCUGCUGGUGCACCCGAGGGCGUCCACAGACGAGCAGAUGGAAGAGGAAGGCGUCACCGCCCUCUGCCGCUACAGCCGCACCGCCCCCAGCCAGUGCCGGGCCAGCUCCGAAGAAGGCCAGGGGCCCCACAGAGGAAAGCCGUCCUAUGGCGAUUGUGGCACCGAACGGAGAGGCCCUGUGGUUCUCACUGUGCGCGAGCUUGACAUCUUGGUCAUGUGCCGCAGGGCCCUAUGCGGGUUGCAGUCAUGGGGGCGCGUGGGAGUGAUCUUCAUCCGUCGAGUGGCACAAGAUAUCCUGCACUGGGCGCACCGCCGAGGCCACAUGUCCCGGAUCCAUCUUGCAAAUCGGGACAAUCCAUGCUUUAUGGACCUACACAAGGCACAUCCGGAACCUCAAGGCGAUCUACCGCCCCUCAGCCCUGCGACCGGAGACCAUCGCCCCCUGUUCACCUUUCAGGACUUCCUGAGGAACCCCAGCCUUGGUCAACAUUACAGGGGGAAUGAGGGGCCACCUCGCCCAGGCCGUGCCGCCCUACCCUGCAUUUACCCGGCCCCGCUCCGCCUGCUCCCGCUUGCAGAGACCUAUGCGGAAGCGGACCAAGCCCAGAAUGUUAUGGGCCGGUGGGCUACGCAGAUCUUGGGCAAUGGGCCGGCAGUUCCGCCAGAUGAGGGCGUACCGCCUGCAGAUGGCAGUAAGGGUGCCUCCGCCCCGAGUUCGACGCCGAGUGGCAAAGGCUCCGGGAACGCUGGCAAGAGAGCCACGCACUGGUACUGCAAAAGGUGCUCCUAUAGGGUGCCAAUCACCCGCACGAUUUGCACCAUGUGCAACCGUGACAGGGAGCAAUGCGUGGUAUCUGAUGACGAGGAACCGGAGGAUGAUGUCGUCCUCAACAAAGAGGAGCUCGAGGAAGUUGCCCGGCUCGAACGAGAAUGCGCGGACCUGGAGCAAAGGAUGAGAGGCCUCAACGCCGGCCAGCAGCGGGCACUCCUGGAAAACCUCGCGAACAGCUCGAGUGCCGUGAUGGGAGGGCUUUUGGCCGAUACCAUCAGGCGCACCGCCCAGCUACGAGGCCAGAAGGGUAAAGGGGGGUCCAGCAAUGUCAAGGUGAGGGCAUCCAACGACACUGCUCGCAACGACCCCAAGUACCUGGCCGAUUUGGAGGCAGGUGUAUCCACGGCAGUGGCGUUUCAACGCCAUCGCUCCCGACUUCGUGCCGUACAACACCAGGUGGCCCAGGGCAAUGUGGCGUUACGGCGUUACAGCCCCGUGCCACCCCCCUGCAGAGGGCGGGGAGUCACCUGGACCCAGGAGGAGCAAUUCCUCGAUUACUUGGAGGCGAGAGUCAAUGCGGAUGCAGAGAGAGCGGAGCCCACAACCGCUUCCAAAUCCGCAGGUGCUCCACCCCCCCCAGGUGUACCACCUCAUACUGGCACUACAGCGAGCACCCCGUCGGGAACCUCUUCUGCACCAUCGGGUACAACCGCGGACGGGCGGCCAGAACCUCCCCCACCUCGUUCCGAUCAGCCGGAAGAUCGAGAAGCUGGGCGGCCAGUGCCUCCGGACCAAGGUGACGAUCAGCCGGGAGCCCAACCCUCAGCUCCUUCUACAACGCCUGAGGGAGGUGAUGCUGCAGGUGACACCGCCCCAGCUGGGAACGAUUUACCGGCUGAUGAUUCAGCACAAAGUUCCGCGGUGGACGGUUUUCAUCUUUAA